AUGUCCUCCGUUAUGGACCCUUUCUAUCUCUGCGAUACAUCUGCAGCCCUCGACGGCGGCAGUGUCAAUCGCGACUUUAGAGGGCCGCUGUUCUCGGCAAACCCGUCCACCGUUGCAGCCAGUUAUCCCUACUCUCAACAUCAUAAGCACUUGCAGCACCAACAGGCUGAGCGCGUGGUUCAUCAACCCCAACUUGCCGACCCGACGUGCAGUAGCCCGGACGAAAUCACGAAGACAGACGCGGGUGCCGACAGUUGCAAUAAUAUGCGGAAUGCCAGGGACAAGAGCAAUUUGCCACUCAUCAAGUUAAAGAGAAGAGCACAAAAUCGAGCACCAGGCUUCAUAGCAGUCCUCCAAGAAUGUUGUGGAAGCUGCCUUUGUGCAUGCGCUGAGACUCUGAGAGAUAGUCAGCAAACGUACCGGGAUAGAAGAGCAAAGCACGUCAAGGACCUGGAAACCAAGCUUGCCACCCUCCACGCCGCCCAAGAGGAUGUGUUGGUUGAGAACCAACGACUCAGGCAGGAAGUUCGGGAUUUGUCGAGCAAGAUAGAGAUUCUGGGUGCAACUUCUACCAAGGCUAAAGGUGAUUUAGGCUCAGAUGUCACAAGGUCUUCGACGACCACUGGUGGGACCUCUACCCCGAGCCAAAACUGUCUGACCGACUUGAGCUCCGAUGACAGGCAACGCCACUACAAAGACCAUCCUUACUGCCGCAGAACUGCACCAAUACCAGCAGAUCGGUUGCUUCAGCCCGGGUCAACUUGGGACUUUAUCGUCUCUCAUGACCUCUUUCAACGCCGACUUGUUGAUGUAUGCAGGGUAGCCGAGCUCCUCGUCAGCUGCGCUCGCCGAGAUGGCCAACAUUCUGGCUUUCCAGUGGCGGAGAUAGUCAAUGCUAUAGAGCAUAGCAUAGCAGGGGGUAGCUGUUACUGUCGCCAAGGCACAGCACUACGUGUGUUUACAGAACCCGCACGAUGCAAUGCAGCUCCAGGAGGUUCUUGCUCCUCAGAUACUCCUUACCAAUUGACUUAUGCCAAACACGGGCUUCGUUGA